GGACUUCAGGGUCAGCCUCCAGUCGUCCAGGGUGGUCCUUGCCCCCCACGUCCACGUUUCUCUGUAGCUCCAUAAGAAUUCACUCUACUCCUCCCGUGGAUUGCUCAAUGCUUCAUUCUUCUCUUCUCAAGCUUCAGUUUUGUCUUUCGUUGUUGGUUGUCAGAAUUGUGGCCAUUUUUUUUUCCUCCUCCUCGACAUUGGUUUCAUUGAAGGCUCACUCCAUUAAACAACAAACAAGCUAGCACUACCCAGUAUGACAGACAAACCGGGGCUGCCAUCGGGUGGAGGAGAUGAUGCAGGGAACAUCAUGGCGCUGCUGGACCGCGUGGUCGGACUCAUGGAUAGCGUCCAGGCCACACAGCAGCGGAUGGAGGAGCGUCAGCUGGAGCUGGAGAGCACGGUGAAGUCCAUCCAAGCCGACGUGGGAAAGCUAACGAGCGACCACGCAACCACAAGCACCACCGUUGACCGGCUGCUGGAGAAGACCCGCAAGGUCAGCCGCCACAUCAAGGACGUCAGGGUGCGUGUGGAGAACCAGAACAUCAGGGUGAAGAAGGUGGAAGCCACCCAGGGAGACCUCCUGGCCAAGAACAAGUUCAGGGUGGUCAUUUAUCAGGGUGACCAGGAGGUCAGAGCCGUCACACCUGGCAACGAGCCAGCAGAACCCAGCAGCAGCGCCGGCGCCAGAGCCGAGGUGGAACCAGACAAGUUCGAGCUGCCCCCUGAGUCGGACGAGGAGUACAUGGUGGUAGAGGAGGCAGAGUCAUCGGCGGCUGGCCGCAUGAGGAAGACGGGCCUGACGCGCAUCGAGAGCUUCAAGGCCACGUUCUCCAAGGAGAACAUGAGCAAGACCCGCGAGAACCUGGGCAGCAAAGUCAACAAGCUGGGCGAGCGCAUCGUCACGGCGGAGAGGCGCGAGAAGAUCCGCCAGUCGGGCGAACGGCUCAAACUAUCGGGCGAGAGGCUGAAGGAGACCAUCACCAAGAGCGUCCCGGCCAAGCUGAACCUGAAGAAGGAGAGGACUGUAGCCGAAGGCCAGGAAGGGGCCGAGGGCGGCACCGACGGCGCCGUGCCCAUCCCUCCUCCCAAAGGCCGGAAGGGAAGCCCGGGCGCUGGCCCCGCUGCAGCAGACGAGGGCAAGGCGGAGGAGGCAGAGGUGCCCAUGUAUGACAUGAAGCAGCUGUCAUAGACACUGAGACCUUUGGACUCCUGACACCACAGAGUGAGCUACUGAGCUGUAGCCAAAGGUUCAAUUCACAUUCAGUUACAUUCUGGACUUCAUCAUCAGAUCGACACGAGUUGUAGUUUUUUGUUUACGUCCAGUGCAGAGCGACCUUGCAGGUGAGACUGAAACGUUGGGUGACAGAGCUGUAACUGGGUUAUGGGAUGUCCGGGUUCAGGUGGAACGAUGCGGUGACCUGUGUCGCUGCAGAGAGAAGCCAGUAACGCCUCCAGUUGGGUCAGAGGAAGAUGCGUCACUGACGGCAGGAGGAGAACGCGAAGGAAUCUGUGAGCGCUCGUUGGCGCCUGGCCAGCGGCCGCGAGUCACGGCGAGGACGUGAAGGAGUCAAAGCGGUUUUGUACUUCAUGAUCAGUUUCUAGAUGUGCUUGUGUUCGUAGACUGAUAGUGAGUGGGUGCAUGGCUGUAGUCUGAUAUCACAUUGAAGCAGGUUUGUGUUUGU